UUCCCUGAGGAUCGAUUCCGGAUCCAUGGUUAUAGAGAAUUCGAAGCUGCUUCGGACCAGAGGGGCGAUCUCUAUGGUAAGUCAUCGCCAGCGUCAAUCCAUAUAGAUGUCUUACUUGAUUUAGAGUGUUCCUUAGGAAGGUGUUUCCAUACAUACUCAGACAUUUAGUUUUUAUUGUUGGGUUUAUAAGAUAAAAAAUAUUAGGAAUUUUUGUUGUCUUCUUUGCAGACUAUGUAACUUGUGAAUGGGCAGGUUCUUAGUGACUGUCCUCUUCUUGAUGAAGCAGAAAUAGCUGCAUCCCGCCGAGUUGAGCUUCAUGUUCAAACACAUGAGUGAGUUGUCCUCUAACCUCUUUGGCAUACAUAUAUGGGUUAUCUUAAUGAAUUGUUUGUGUUGUCACAGCGAACCAGUGCUGAAGUUAUACCUCUGGGACAAGCCUGCUUUACAGUUUUGUGAGAAGUUCAAGGCGUCCGGAGGCACUGCCCGUGUUAUCUUAGUAACCACUUUGAAUCCGAAACGGUUUGGAGGUUUGUAAAAGUGGCUUUUUUUUUAUUUUUGUUUGAACUGUUGGUUAUUUUUGUCGUGGUGUUUCUAAUAGGCAAUAUUUUGGUUUUGUGGUGCGUAGUAUUGAUAUAUGAUGAGUUGUUUUUUAAUUGAUUGAACCAUAUUACUCAAACCAACCUCUUAGGAGUUUUUAUGUGAAUAUUCUGUUGUAGGCGUCCUCUCUUUAUCUUCUAUGGCGUCUUCGCGUGUUUUUCUGGAUGGUGAUGUUCAAGAAACCCGGGCGUAUCUCAGUUGGUAAUGUUUAUGUUACUUGAUUCGAAAUAUCAGAGCAUUUAUUACGUAUAUUAAUUUCUGAUAUGCUUUUUUUACUAGGCUGGACUCGAACUUAGAUGUUGCCAACAGGGUUAAUGCAGAGGUGGUCACCAAGCCUGAGGUAGCGACAUUGGAAGACAUCUUUUUCUAUAUGAAUCAGUCAGACGCUAAGGUAUUAUUGUCUCAAUUUCUAUUGGUUUGUUAGUAUUGGCUAGAGGUCGCAUUAAAUUUGUUUUGUGAUACAGGUUGCUUGGUUUGAGUGCACAGCAACUAUUGAUGAUGUUGUGCAUGGUACUGGGUGGUUCUAUAUAGGCUGUGGUGUGUGCCAUACCAAGGCGACCAAAGGAUCUACUACCUUAAUGUGUAAGAAAUGUGGGAAGAAUGAGAUUGAUGGUGUGGCGCAGUACCUGUCCAAACUCUCUGUUUAUGAUCAGAAAGAUCAAGCAGUGUUUGUUGUUCUUGGAGAUGCUGGUGAGGAGUUGUUUGGAAAGAAGGCUGCUGAGUUAGUUGAAAAAUACUAUCAGGCCAACGAGGAUGUGGGAGAGGAUCACAUAGUUCCAGUGCCUCAGGCGAUGAUUGAUACCAUUGGUCAAACCAGGAAGUUCAUUGUGAAGGUAUCAACUCACAAUUUGGAUGGCAAAUCCCAGACUUUAACUGUGACAAAGGUGCUUCCUCAUGAAGUUCCAGAACCUGUGAUCGAGUCAGUAGAGAACGUUGAUACCGAAUCUGAUGGCGGGAGGGGGGGGGGGGGUGAUCAUGGAAAUGAAUCGGCAAAGAGGAGUGUUGAUGGUGUUGAGUCUGAUGGUGCUAAGCGUGCCAAAUGUGGCUGAUGAUGUCUUAUUUCUUCCUUCCGUUUAAAUUAAGACUAUGUUUUGUUUCAUCUUUUUCUGGAUUUUGGUUUGAUAUGUUAUAACAACCUUGGUUAUAACGCUUUUGCUAAUAAAGUCUAUUUUCAGUAUCUAAAUAUUUGUGGAUUUGAAAAACAAUCAUUCAUAUAUCACUCAA